GCGGUGCAUUGUGGGACUUUAUGUAACCAGCAUGGCGGCCUCCUGCGGCAGAUCUCUAGGUAAGGUCGGCCGGUCCUUUGUGGACUCUGCGGCGGUGCUCCGCUCCGGUUCCGGCUCCUUCCUACGGGGCACCGCGGCGGCCCGGAGCUCCGGGAGGUGCUACGGCUCCGGCGGGCCGGGAGUCCGGGCGGCGGCGCUCUCUGUGCGGGCAGCAGCAGGACGCAGGGCGCUGAGCUGCGCCUUCCUGCUGGGGGGAGGUCUGGGUCUGUACCAGGCGGUCCGGGGGUCCCUGAAGCAGCAGCACCUGGCCCAGGAGCAGAACCAGGUUUCUGCCGGCAGUCUGAAGCUGAUCCUGUAUCAGUAUAAAACCUGUCCGUUCUGCAGCAAAGUCCGGGCCUUUCUGGACUACUACGGGCUUCCGUACGACAUCGUGGAGGUGAACCCGGUGAUGAGGCAGGAGAUCAAGUGGUCGCUUUACAGAAAGGUUCCCAUCCUGAUGGUGGACGGAGACGUGCAACUGAACGACUCGUCGGUCAUCAUCAGCUCCCUCAAGACUUUUUUAAUCAACAAGGAGAAGAGUGUGUCGGACAUCAUCCACUGCUACCCAGAGAUGAAGUCUGUGAACGACCGAGGCAAGGAGGUGACGGAAUACACCAACAAAUACUGGCUGAUGCUGAGCGAAGCGCAGACCGCCUCCGUUUACCCCGAGAAAGGGAUGCAGAAAGAGGAGAUGAAGUGGCGUCAGUGGGCCGAUGAUUGGCUCGUCCACCUCAUAUCUCCCAACGUUUACCGGACCACCGGCGAGGCCUUGGCCUCCUUCGACUACAUCGUCCGUGAGGGGAAGUUCGGGACAUUGGAGGGCUUCUUUGCUAAAUACGUCGGCGCUGCAGCCAUGUUUGUCAUCUCCAAACGGCUCAAGAGUCGACACAACCUGCAGGACGACGUCAGGGAGGAUCUCUACAAAGCCGUGAACGACUGGGUGGCCGCCAUCGGAAAGAAGAGGAAGUUCAUGGGAGGAGAUCAGCCCAACCUGGCCGACCUGGCCGUGUUCGGCGUCCUGCGGGUCAUGGAGGGUCUGCAGGCGUUCGACGACAUGAUGGCCAACACCAAAGUCAAGUCGUGGUACAGACGCAUGGAGAGAGCGACGCUCAACCACGAGGGGCGGAGCCAACAGUAGAACCUCCAGAGAACCUCCAGGGAACCUUCAGGGAACAGCUGGACCUGCUGAGGCGUCGCUGCUGCACGAAACGCCAGAAUUUGAUGGGUUUGUAGCCGCAGACGUGACGUAGAAACGAGAAGAAACUGUUUUACUGAGCUGCUGUUUGGAGAAAACCUGACCUCUGCUGGUCGCCCUCGGCAACAACAACACACUGCAUCCUUUUCUGUUCAUUUAAGGCGAUUUAUCCAGAAAAAAUGGUAAAAGUUUGCUUUUAUUUAGUGCUUUUAGCAGAUUAAAGCACUAAAAAAGGUGUUUGUUUUUCACGCUUUCACACACUGAAGUCUGCAAAUUGUUACUGCAACGAUCCGAACUUGUUUGAUUUACUUUCUGUUUUUAGAGCGUUAACACCUCACUGUUUUGGUCAGACAACCUAAAAAUGAACAAAAAUAAAUGCAAAUUGAAUGAAAACUGAGAAAAAACCACGUCUGAGAUGCGUUAAUUUACCUCUACUGUAUGCAAAACGACCACGAAGAGAUUAAAAAUGACCCAAAACCAAGUAAAAACCAAGUAAAACCAAUAAAAAACGGAUGCAAAGUAACUAUAAAGCAGCAGAUCCUCAUCGAUCUAUUCACACACUGAAGUCUGCAAAUGUUUUAUGCAUCUGGUCAACCAGUUUUUUCACAUAUUACAGAUUUUUUUUCCUGUUUUUGAGGAUGGGAAAACCACAUUUAUUUUGCCUUAUAUUAGCCAGACGACCUGUAGUGUGUGCUCAUAAAAUGACCACAAAUAAAUGCAAAUCUGUGAAAACUGAAAUAAAACCCACCUUGAAAACACACGACCAUUACUUGAUGCCAAAUGACCAUAAAGAGAUUAAAACUGAUGCAAAGUUGAUGCAAAACCAAUUAAAAGCAGGUAAACUGCAGCUACAACACACAAAAGCACGACUUCAACAUAGAAAAUAGAUGCAAAUUCAAUGAAACUAAGACAAAAAUACUUCAAAGAAAGAAAAAGCAUCACUACUAGACACAAAAUGACCAUAAAAUGAUUAAAACAGACUAAAAGGGAUGCAAAAUGGGAACAAACUGAUGCAAAACCAAACCAAAUAAAAAGCAUCUAAAACUGCAGCAGCAACAUGCAAAAAUGAACAUAAAACUGCAGUCCCAGAGCAAAUCUGUAAUGCAGCUGAACAGUUCAGUGUUUUCUUUUUCAGACUUCCACCUUUAGUUAUUAUUCUGGGAUGUUUUCUCUUCAUUCAGCAGCUUUGUCUGUUUAAAAAAUGGUUCUUUUCUUGUUCUGUAGGAACCUGAGAUCAAUUUAUUGUCUGUAUUUAUUUCAGAUGAUGUUUUUCUUCUUUAGGGUACAAUGAAAUAAAAUACAGUAAGUGGGGAGCUGCUGGUCUGAAUGUUCUUCAUAUGCAAUCUUCCAGCUCCGCAUGGAUUAACUGUAUUAAAACUGACUCAAUGUUCAUAGCUGUAAAAAUGUGAAAUAAUAAAAAAAUGUAAAAAAAGAAAA